AUGUCGCAAGAGCAGCAUCAGCAGCCUGUUACUGUUCCAUGUGCCUAUAAGACUGGGCGCACUCUGGGGCAGGGAACCUACGCCGUCGUCAAGGAGGCUGUGCAUAUUGAGACAGGCAAGUUUUAUGCGUGUAAGGUCAUCAGCAAGCAGCUCAUGCGUGGCCGCGAGCAUAUGGUACGCAAUGAGAUCAUGUCGCUGAAGCGUGUAUCGCAAGAAAACAGCGGGGUUGUGUCUCUUGUGGACUACUUUGAGACGAUGAACAAUUUGUACCUCGUGACGGACUUGUGCCAGGGCGGCGAAUUGUUUGAUCGCAUCUGUGAGCGUGGCAGCUAUUACGAAAAAGAUGCUGCUCACAUUAUCCGUACGGUGCUUAAAGCGGUCGAGUUUCUGCAUGAUCGCGAUAUUGUGCAUCGUGACUUGAAGCCCGAAAAUUUGCUAUUCCGGGACCGGUCAGAGCACUCGGACCUGCUCAUUGCCGACUUUGGCCUUUCGCGCGUGAUUGACCAUGACAAGAUGACCGCGCUGAGUACGACAUGCGGCACGCCAGGCUAUAUGGCGCCAGAAAUUUUUAGAAAGACGGGACACGGAAAGCCUGUGGACAUGUGGGCUAUGGGUGUCAUUACAUACUUUCUGUUAUGUGGCUACACGCCGUUUGAUCACGACUCACAAAAGGAUGAAGUGCAGCGCAUCCUGACUGCCGACUUUCGCUUUGAGCCGGCUAUCUACUGGCAGGGUGUGUCGCAACAGGCUCGCGACUUUAUCUGCCGACUACUCACGGUGGAUCCCGAGCAGCGCAUGACGGCAAAGCAGGCAUUGGCCCAUCCAUGGCUCGCUGAUGUGAACGCCGAGGCGGAGAACGCACAGCGCGACCUUCUGCCUGACAUUAAGAACGCUUUCAACGCCAAGCGCACUUUCCGCAAGGCUGUGAACGGCAUUCGCAUGAUCAAUCGCCUGCGCUCCGAGACGCAGGAGCACCAGACGGCUCGCCAGGAAUUGGAACAGCGACACCAAUUGGCACACGAAGAAUCUGAAAACCUCGACCAAGUUUGGAAUUCAUGCACCGAGCGUGCGCCGUAG